UCAGUGUCUCUCAGAAUAAGUCCCAACACAACUCAACACUUUAGAUCAAAGUCUCUCUCACUGAGCUGUGAGUAGAAGGGGAACUCUACUGGAUGGAGACUGAUGAGAUACACAGAGAGAGGAGUAGAAUCAGGGUGUGUCUCUAACUGGGGAUCAAUAACAGGGUCCACAUGUCCCAUCAGCUACACAUACACAUGGUACAGUGGAGUGUUCUGGUGUGAGUCUGGAUCAGGAGAGUACAGUAAUGCUGUCAACAUCACAGUGGAUGAUGGUGAUGUGAUCCUGGAGAGCCCUGUCCAUCCUGUGACUGAAGGAGACUCUGUGAUUCUGCGCUGCAAAUACUGGACAACCAGCUCAAACAUCAAGGCUGAUUUCUACAAAGAUGGAGUACUCAUCAAGAAUGAGACCACAGGAGAGAUGACCAUCCCUGCAGUAUCCAAGUCAGAUGAAGGAUUCUACAAAUGCAAAUACCCUGACAAGGGAGAAUCACCAGAGAGCUGGGUGACAGUGAGAGUCGUAUCUCCUGGAUCCUCUACAUCAGUCCUAGUAGGAGUGGUUGUGGGUCUGGUUGUUGCUGGUGUUCUACUGGUCAUUAUCCUGGUCCUGCUGUGUCGAUUUAAAAACGCCAAAGGUUCCUGUUUUAACAGAAUAUUCUUGAAUCCCCAGACCCAGAGAACCAACCAGGACCCCCAACAGGACCAAGGAUCUACCCAGGGUCAGGAUCCUGAUGCUGGGUAUACACUUCUGCAGCUUGGUCAGUUUCUCAGCACAGGCCUCUUCCACUCCUCUCUCUGUAACCUCAUACACUGA